AUGGGCGGCGGCACCUCUCUUCCGCCUGUCAGCGCAGCCUCUUUGUCUCGUAUGGAGGCAAUUGCUCACCGCUUUAGUGAGCGGGCGAAGGGCGCAGGUUACUGUGGCGCGCUUGCGUGGCGGCGCCAUCGAAGCUGGGGAGGGCGGCUCGCAUGUGCGGUUCGCGGGGGUAGACGGGAGACGGCCAUGCAUGAAGCCGAUAUCCAGACUGAUAUGGAGCUGAUGCAACAGACCAGGAAGGACCCAAAUCCGGGUUCGGGGUCGGAGUCGGGUCCUAGUCGGUCGGCGGAGGAUAAGCAAAGCAAGCCCAAGACUAACCGCCCCUUCAAUCUUGUGCAAGGCGCUGUGACUAAGAAGAAGCAGCACCACCAUCCCUACAUGAAGAAGUGGAUGGGCAAGGCGAACGGGUCGGGAUUGAAAAUCGCUCGGGAGGGGGUGACGCGGCUCAUGAAGGCGGGAGUGUGCCUCUGCUGUAAGAAGAAGGGCCACUUCGCUAGGGGCUGUUUGCAGAACCCUAAGAACUGUAAGGCCGCCGCCACCCCUCAGUCGGAAACUCUGAAGCUCUCUUUCUGA